GUUGAAGGUUAUAAUCCUGCAAACAGAAACCACAGUGGUAAUUCAGGGAGGGCCGAGCAUUGCUCACUCUGUGUUUUUAUCGUCUGUCUCUCUGUAGUGUGCGGUCGUCCUGCGCUCAACACCAGGAUUGUUGGAGGACAGGCGGCACCUGAAGGCAGCUGGCCCUGGCAGGUCAGUCUGCAAAGAUCUGAGCGCCACUUCUGCGGAGGAUCCCUCAUUAACAAAGAAUGGGUGCUGACGGCUGCUCACUGCUUCCCAGGCCAAAGCACAAACAGUUUGGUUGUGUCUCUCGGUCGCCAGACUCAAGAAGGGUCCAACCCCAAUGAGGUGUCUCGGACAGUCUCUCAGAUCAUCAAUCAUCCCAGCUACAUCCAAAGCACUAGUGACAAUGACAUCUCCCUCCUGAAGCUCUCCUCACCGGUUACCUUCAACAACUUCAUUCUGCCAGUGUGCCUGGCAGCCUCAGACAGCAGCUUCUUCACCGGCGUGGACACCUGGAUCACUGGUUGGGGCAACAUCGGAUCUGGAGUUCCUCUUCCUUCCCCACAAAACCUAAUGGAGGUGGAGGUUCCUGUUGUUGGGAACAGACAGUGUAACUGUGACUAUGGAGUGGGCACAAUCACCAACAACAUGAUCUGCGCUGGGUUACGUGCCGGAGGGAAGGACUCCUGUCAGGGGGACUCAGGUGGUCCGAUGGUAACAAAGACAGGAAGUGUCUGGGUCCAGGCUGGAGUCGUAAGCUUUGGUUUUGGUUGUGCGGAGCCCAAUUUCCCAGGAGUCUACAGCAGAGUGUCCAGGUAUCAGUCCUGGAUCAACAGCCAAAUCACCAGCGACCAGCCAGGCUUCGUCACCUUCACGUCCACUGGGACUGACAGUGACCUCAGUGUCAGCUGUUCCGGCCUGCCGCCACCUCCAACCACCCUCCCUCCAACAACCACAGUCAAGCCUGUGGUCUGCGGUAGCGCCCCAAUGAAUCCACGUAUUUUGGGAGGAAGCUCGGUGGCGAGUGCUGGCAUGUGGCCGUGGAUGGCGAGCCUUCAGAAGAAUGGAAGUCAUGUGUGUGGCGGGACUCUAGUGGCUGUGGACUCAGUGCUGAGCAACGCCAACUGCUUCUCAAGUUCACCUACAGCAUCUGAAUGGACUGUGGUCUUGGGCCGUUUGAAACAGAAUGGAUCCAACCCCUUUGAGGUGACACUGAAUGUGACAAAUAUCACCCUAAGCACCCUGACUGGGUCUAAUGUAGCAGUGCUGCAUCUGGCAGCCCAGCCCACCCUGUCCGACUACAUCCAGCCCAUCUGCCUGGACAACGGACAGACCUUCACUGUGGGCUCCACAUGCUGGGCUGCUGGCUGGAGCUCUGGGCGAGGAGGAGUGGAACAAGUUCUGCAGGAGUUCCAGACCACAGUGGUAAAUUGUGGGAAUGCAUCAACCAGUGACAACAUUUGUACAGGAUCUUUUACACUGGAACAGGGUGAUUCUGGGGGUCCGAUGAUGUGUCAGAUAGACGGCUCUUGGUUCCAGGCAGCCGUGUUGUCAGGCAACAACACCACCACCAAUCAAACACGAGCAGAUCCGGUGAUGGUCUUCACCAAACUGAGCCGCUAUCAGAGCUUCCUGGCUCAGACUGUGGGAGCAUUCUUAUCUCCAGCCUCCACCAACAGCACCGCACCUAACAGCACUGUGUCCACUAACCAGACCACCACGACCACCAGCGGGGGCUCACCUGCUCACCCCUUCUUCUUCUUCUUCCCUCUCUUCGUCUUCUCUGCGUUCCUCCACCUCACCUUAUAGGAACCUACCUUUACCUCUAAAUAGGUUUACAUGAUGUGACGGGCACAAAUGAAUGUGAACAACCAUGAGAGACAAUAUAGGCUUAACGCUACAUUAACUAAUCUAUGACUCGAUUCUGUCUUUAUUGGUGACCACUAGGAAUAGAGAAGUGAAGUGUGCUGGGUUACAUCAGAGUGGUCUUUUAAUUAAAGUCUCCUCCACUCAAAAAUCUGGUUCCUACAGUUGAAUGUUUUAGCUUCACUGUGCAGAAUGAUGCAUGUGCAGAGUUUGACACUAGAAGGCUGUUUUUCUCAUUCAGCUACUGAGAGUGGGAAGUUUCUCUGAGCUCAUUGUAAAUGUAAUUUUAAGGGGCGGGACUACAAGCAUGAAUCACAAAUAAUUUGGAAGCCAAUCAUGGUCCAAUAUUCAACUUACACAAGUGUAAUGUGGAACAAAUACUGAGAAUGGACCUUACAGUGAAGUAGGAGACAUCUUGUGUCCAGCAGGAAAACU